AUGUUUGCUCUGAGUCGAGCAUUUUACCUUGAACAAGUGAUGACGGGAUGGCUUUGUCGCGACGAUGAAAAUUUCUCAAAUUCAUCUAGUGGAACAAUACAAUUAUUAAAUCACUUAAAUGACUUGCGAGAAAAGGACUCUGCACUUGAAUUGUGUCUUGAAGCCUUGAAGGAUCACGAAAGGAUAAUCUCGAAGGGCUUUACACCUUCGAAAGAUCGACCAUAUCAAAAUAAAAUCAACCAUAACUUCCUGUUCCCGCCUUCGAUGUCACUACAACGAUGCUUGAAAUUUGAAAUGUUGGACAUUGAACUUAAUAAAGCACCCACUAAAAAUUAA